AAAAACAUUGCACCAUUCACAGUGAGGAGAAACCAUAGACGUGUUCUGUGUGUGAAUGAGGCUUCAACAGAUCAUCAAACCUGGAGAGGCACAAGGACACUGGCACCAUGGAGAAACCGUGGAAAUGUGGAGACUGUGGGAAGGAAUCCCGUUCCCCAUCUGAGCUGGAGAUUCAUCAACGCAUUCACACUGGGGAGAGGCCGUUCACCUGCUCAGAGUGUGGGAAGGGAUUCACUCAUUUAAACAACAUGCGGACACACCAGCGAGUUCACACUGGGGAGAGGCCAUUCACCUGCUCCGUGUGUGGGAAGGGAUUCACUCACACCUGGAACCUGCGGACACACCAGCGACUUCAUACUGGAGAGAGGCCAUUCACCUGCUCUGAGUGUGGGAAAGGAUUCAGUCGGUUAUGCAGCCUGCAGACACACCAACGAGUUCACACUAGGGAGAGGCCAUUCACCUGCUCUGAGUGUGGCAAGAGAUUCACUCAGUUAUCCCAUCUGCUGACGCACCAGCGGGUCCACACUGGGGAGAGGCCGUUCACCUGCUCCGAGUGUGGGAAGGGAUUCAGUGAAUCAUUCACCCUGCUGAUACACCAGCGAGUUCACACUGGAGAGAGGCCGUUCACCUGCACUGUGUGUGGGAAGGGAUUCACUCAGUCGUCCAACCUGUUGACACACCAGCGAGUCCACACUGGGGAGAGACCAUUCAUCUGCUCCAUGUGUGAGAAAGGAUUAAUUCAGUUAUCUCACCUGCAAAGACACCAGCGAGUUCACAAGUGA